GCUGUCUAGUUUGUUUGGAUUUCAUUUGCAGUUUGUCGCUUAAAUGUUAGGGAAAAUGUCGCGGAACGUGACGCUCUCGGAUGAACAAAGUCGGCUUAAUGCGCGUCUGGAGGCGCACAUGGUUUACAUAUGUCCGGAAUGCGGCAAGGCGUUCCGCACUCAGGCGGAGUGGCGACAGCAUCUGAACACGAAACACGACUAUCUAAAGAAGACGUACUCAGAUUUCAACUUCAUCCAGAUCGACGAGCGAUUCCAUGAGUGCCAGCUGUGCUUCAAAUGGGUGGAGAAUGCCCACAAGACAAUCGCCCUCCUGCAGUACCACUACUUUAUGCAUCUGGAGCACAGUGAAACCUACCGCUGCGUGCACUGCCGCAUGGCGUACACGAGGCGCCGGGCUCUGAACGUCCACCUACUGGACACGCACAUGCGGGAGAUCGAGAAGUACGAGAACAAGCUGCGCCAGAUGAAGCGGCAGCAGGCGAAACCCACUACAGCGGCCGCACCAGCUGGAAAUGCAGAGAAGCCGAUGGCUGUGAAGCCGCGUGGGCGUCCCAAAGGUUCCACGAACAGAAAGCAAAAUGAUCUGCUGCAAAAGGCGCUGAUGGACAUUGAUCUGAACACAGAAAUGGAAAAGUCCCCAGUGACAGCACUAGCGGCUCCUGUAAACGAACCUAAGCCCAUUUCAAAUGUCAGCGAGCUGAAUCUAGAUCGGUGUUUGAAUGCCUACGAGGACAUCGUGCGCAAGGAGGAGAAAGAGGUGGUGCCGAAGUAUGACGACGAGUUGGAUGCGCUCUGCAAGGAGUUUUUUGAUGAUGGCCCCUCCGCCGGCAAAGGAGAAGCUAAUGAGGAGCAGCAGCAAGACGAUGCGCACCUGCAGCAAGGAAAUCAGGAGGUGGUCAUCAUCGAGAUCGAUGCACUCGGCAAGGAGGAAGUGGCCCAGCUGAAGAAGGAAAUGAAGUCGGACCCAAUAAGUCAACCGACUAAGCGUCGACGCAUCUCUACGACGCCCAGCCGCGACUCAGACACGGAAAUGUCCACCAACGGCCUCACGAAGCUCAUAUCGUACUUGUGUCCGAAGUGCGGCAAGGAAAUCGCCUCGAUGGACGGUUGGCGGGCACACGUAUUCAAGAAGCACGACUUCGAGCACAUAAUCGAGAACAGUUUUAAGAUCCUGGAGUCCGGGCGCAAGGCCAUGUGCCUGCAGUGCCGUGAGGUGCAACCAACGACCGUGCGCUCACAACUGCAGAAGCACUGCUUCAAGCAUCUGCCCUACCGGUCGUACCUCAAGUGCACACUCUGCGAUCGCACCAAGACCAGCACCUCAAAGAUCCUCAAUCACAUUCGCUACAACCACCAGGAGGAGCUGCAGCGUAAAAACAAGACGCAGCUGCUUAUUAAGCCGGAGCCCAUGUGGGCCAGUCCCAACAAGUCCGGUCAAGCGGCCAUGGCGGAUGACGCCGGAUCCGAGGACGAUCAGGGCGAGCAAGCUGUGUGCGAGCACUGUGACAGAGUCUUUAGGAGCAAAUGGCGCUACGAACGACACAUUGCCUCUUGCAGGAGAUCUGGAGCUGGCAAGUCAGUCGAAGGGACCGUUGAAGCCUUGUUGAACCAUCUGCGAGAAGGGCACAUGCGAAUGAACGCCAUCUGGAAGACGAUGCAACGUGAAAAGCCUUAGGUAUAGUCUAGUUAAAGUUAAGUCGGUCCAUCGUUUUGCAAAUAUCAUCAAGUGUAAAAUAUACGACAGGAUCGAUAAAGGCAUUUAAAUUCAUGGGCACGACCUUUGACAGUGUCUCAAGGAGCAGUAGCGAUUCUGGUUGCCGCCACAUCCGAGGUACUUCAUCUUGAGGCACUUCCUGGUUCUCUGGUUAUAGUACCACAUUUCGUCCAUGGCAGUUCUCCGGCAAUGCCUUCCCCCAAAUCCUUCGUUCUUGCCGCCUUCGCAACUCAGACGACCUGUGUGAAAGUGUAGAUCAGCUAUAAAAGUACACUUACUAAAUGCUGUUAUUAAACAUACCCCUAGGACGACCAUCGCAGCGAUUCUGGCCACAUGCGAGAGAUACGUAGAGCACAACGCAAGCUAGAACCAAAAGUAACUUCAUUUUCAACGGAUUGCUCUUUGGAGGGUCGACUUGAUAUGACUGAUCUGUAAAACGAUGGACUUAUAUAGGGGCGGCUGCCAACAUUUUUCCCAGUUCCCUAGAACGAGUAAAAAACAUCUUGACAAUCGACUCUAUUGUUAAAUGUUUUGAGGCUAUCAGAUAAUAGUAUAAAAAAGGGGCUUAAAUUAAACUUUUUAAAGGCAUAAGAUGUGGGAUGAACCAUUCAAAAACGUUGCUGGAAUGAAAAUGUAUUUUCCACUUUUAACUUAAAAAAAAAAGCUGCAAGAUCGAUCUUUCGCUCAAUCCUAUUGAUUUCGUAUCAGGGCAAAAACACUUGUGCUGAAUGUAAAUAUGAUUUAACCAGAAUUAUAUUUACCCAAUUAAUUAACAUUCUUUUCGUUAGUCACUUUGUAUUACUAAUACGAGGAAUACUUUUCUGACUAAUUCAUUUUAUAAAUCAGAUUAAGGAUU